AUGACACACUUUCUCCUCCCUUUGUAUUCCCUUCCAUUGAAAAAUCAACAGAUUCGCCGAGCGUACCGGAACUUAAUCACCAAAGCGCACCCGGAUAAAGGCGGCGAUGCGAAGACGUUCGCGUUGAUCCAACGCGCCUACGACGUUCUCUCGGAUACCGACAAGCGCAAACAAUACGACUCGACCGGGACGUACUCGAAAUCGGUCGAGGAGGAGUUGUUAGAUUCUUUCGGUGGCGGCGUAUUUCGCGAUAAACUGAACGAGGAGAACCAGCGGAAAGAGUCCGUCGCGGAAGCGAUUCAAACCGUGGAGAAGAACAAAGGGUCGCACACGUCUGGAUUCGAAGCGUUUAUGCGAUCCAGGGGCGAUUCGGUCGCCUCGUUUGGCGUGGACGAUAUCAUCAAUCAGUUCGGCGUCGUGAAAGGAUCGUACGAUGAAGUGCAGUUGCCGAAGAUUAAAGCGUACGAGGUGAAUCAACCCGCCGGGAUGAAAGUCGUCGCCGGGCACGAGAAGGAGGCUUUGAGAGUUGAAACGACGAAAAUCGCCUCGACUUUACAGUGGGGCGAAGUUUUAGUGAGCGUUCGCGUGGCGCCGAUGAACGCGCACGAUAUUUACGAAGACCACAUGUCGUUCAUUACGUCCAAUUAUGGAAACGACGCAUCCGAUGCGAACGUUCAUAAAGAUUCGAUGUUGAAUCCGCGAAAAGGCGCUUUCGAGAACAACAUGAACGAAUCGAACGAACGCAAGAUCCCAGGCUCGGAUUGUUUAGCCACCGUGGUGAAAGUUGGCGCCGGCGUCAAGUCCUUAGCCGAAGGCGAUUGGGUCAUUCCGUACGUUCCAAACCUUGGCACGUGGAGAACCUUGGCUGUCUGGAAAGAAAAAGAUUUGAUCAAGAUUCCGAAAGAAAUGACGUCGGAAAACCAUUGCGCAAUGAUGCGAGAGAUGUGCGUCGCGUAUCGUUUGUUGGAAGAUUUCGGGGCGUUGAAACCAGGCGAUGCGGUUAUUCUGAACGCCGGUACCUCCUUAAUCGCCACGGUGGUCUGUCAACUCGCGAGUAUGCUCAAAUUACGUCCGAUUUUAGUCUGUCGCGCGCAUCCAGGCUUCGAGAAAACCGUGAAGUGGCUCAAAAGUUUAGGCGCGAUUGAAGUCUUCAAAGACGAGGGCGAUUUGGGCGCCGAGUUGGAAGAAAAACGCCUCUUCGCGAAACCGAGAUUGGCGUUAGACGGCGUCGGGGGUAUUUCUGCCGUGCGUUUGGCGGAAACCUUGCACCAAGGGUGUCCUCUCAUCGUCUACGCGUGCGCAUCUGGUCGCGCGGCGACGUUUCCGUGGCAUCAUUGGGUCGGUAAAGGUUUGAUCGUGCGCGGGUUUUCGCUGAGAAACUGGAUGAAGGAAAACAAGAAGAAGACGCCGAAAAUGAUGGAAACUUUGGCAAAGUUGGUCAACGCGAACAAAAUCGCGGUCGAGUACACCGAGUACGAAUUAUCGACUGAGUUUGACGAAGCUUUGGAGCACGCGUGCGAGAAGCACAGAAAGACGAAAAUUUUGUUGAAAAUAACCGAUAUCGGAAGCACCGUGGACGAAAACGACAAGUAA